AUGAGGUUCACCUUCGGGGGAGGCACCAACGUCAAGGGUCGUAUCACGUCUUACGCCCGUUCGAGGACUCUCUACAUGACCCAGAGCUCUGAGGCCACACCCAAGAUACCUAUAGAGGACCAAAUGACUGGAGAUAGUAAAGAGACAGCGCCGGAUGGCGCUUCUGAAAUGGAGGCAAAGCAAGUAUCAACGACGCCUGCCCGACCCAUAACAGAAGAUGAAGAGGACAUCGAAUACCCGAAAGGGCUGAAACUUGGACUUAUCAUCCUAUCAUUGUGUCUAGCCGUGUUCCUUGUGGCCUUGGAUCAGACGAUCAUCGCGCCGGCAUUGGGGGCAAUCACCGCUGAGUAUGGCUCCGUGAGGGACAUCGGCUGGUACGGCGCGAGUUACCUGUUAACGAGUACGGCACUGCAGCCGCUCUAUGGCACCAUCUACCGGCUGUUUGACAUCAAACUCACCUUUGUGGGCGCCGUCGCGCUCUUCGAGCUCGGUAGUCUGGUCUCUGCCGUCGCGCCGUCGUCGGUGGCGUUCAUCGUGGGCCGGGCCAUCGCCGGCCUAGGGACGGCAGGCCUCUUCUCAGGCGCCGUCGUGAUCCUGUCCUACACCUUGCCACUACGGAAACGGCCCGUCAUGUUUGGUCUUUUCGGUGGUAUGUGGGGGAUCGCGAGUGUUGCCGGACCCUUGCUUGGCGGGGUGUUCACUGAUCGUAUUACCUGGCGCUGGUGUUUCUACAUCAAUCUUCCCAUAGGUUGCGCCGCCGCCCUGGUGGUGUUCUUCUACUUGGGCAUCUCCAGGGCGAACAACCCCAACAAUGAGUCCUUCAUCUCGCGAAUCGUCCAGCUGGAUCUCUUAGGCGCGGGCAUCCUGAUCCCGGCCAUAAUAAUGCUGCUGCUUGCCUUGCAGUGGGGAGGAACCGAAUAUCCUUGGAACAACUCCCGAAUCAUUGGCUUGUUCGUGGGUGCCGCUGUCAUGGCAUUAAUUUUCGUCGCCGUGGAACAUCGCCAGCAGGACAAGGGACUUUUGCCCCCUCGGUUCUUCAAACACCGCGACGUGCUGAGUGCCAUGAUAUUCUCUUUCGUCUUCGGCGCUUGUUUCUUCCCUAUGAUCUACUACCUGUCUCUGUACUUCCAAGCUGUGCAAGGCGAUUCAGCAGUUCAGGCCGGUAUCAAACUCCUGCCCAUGCUCCUGUCCACCGUCGUCAGCUCCAUGAUCAGUGGCGGCUUGGUUACCGGAUUCGGAUACUAUAACCCAAUCAUCUUUGUCGAGACUGCAAUGUUAACCGCUGGUGCCGGGUUGAUCUCGACAUUCUGGCUCGACACCCCAUUCAGCAAGUGGUUCGGUUACCAGGUGCUUUAUGGGCUCGGUACCGGUGUUUGCUUCCAGACCGGCAUCACUGUGGUGCAGAACGUCCUCCCCCAAGAGCUCAUACCGCAAGGGAGCGCAUGCGUGCAGUUCUUCCAGAGCCUGGGCGGCGCUCUCUUUAUCGCCGUCGCGCAGACCGUCUUCCAGAACGGACUAAUCGAGGGCGUAACGCGAGAUGCACCGCAACUGGACCCACUCAUCUUCAUCAAUAGUGGUGCGUCUCAGAUCCGACAGAUCCUGCAGGAGAUGCAUCAAGAAGCAGCCAUCGAUACAGUCCUGGGCGCGUAUACCACCGGAUUAAGAAACACAUACUACAUCAGUGUCGCGACCGGCGCCGCGGCGUUCUUUGCUGCAUUUGGCCUGCGAUGGAAGAAAAUCGAGAAAGGGGGCGCUGGAAAGAAGGAUGUUGAGAUGGGCGACAAGACAAGCUCCAACAAUAGUGAUGGCGCAAAGGACACAUCUGUCUGA